AUGAGCAUCUUGUGGUGGCUCUCGGUGCUCCAUACAACUCUAGCCAUCUUCGGAGCAUUCUCCAACGCUCUAAUGAUAUUCCUAGUGCUCCUAAGGACCCCAAAAAUGCUUCGAAUUUAUUCGGUGAUUCUGGGAGUUCACGCAACUUCCGACUGUCUAACGUGUCUUCUGGAGCUCGCCACAAAAUUCCGAAUCAUCGCCGCAAAAUUCACGCUAGCUUAUGUGAGCACAGCAUUUUGUACGCAAUUUUCGCCGCGAGUUUGCGAGUUUUGCUACAAUUUUAUGCUGCAUCUAUUUAGCGUAAGUCUAUAUUUGUUGCUGAUUUCAUUCGGAUAUCGAUAUUAUAUUUUGGUUUUUGGGCAGCCGAGAGUUCGGAGGAUUUUGUGGGUGAUGGCCGGGUUUUAUGUGCCGUGUUUGAUGCAGGUGGUGAGUGAAGACUAGAGUAUAGUUUAUGAGUCAGAGACGCAGAGAAGCCAGGAUCAUAGAUUAAUAAGAGACCGUUAGAGAAGCAGAGAGCAGACAGUCAUCUAGAGAAUGUUAGAGACGCAGAGGUGGUACACAGCUAGACACUAAAACUUCUCGAGAGUCCAGAGAAGUCAGAAAUCAGUAAAGUCCACUCUGGUUGAAGAGAGCACUAUAGUGUAGUUAGAGACGCAGAGGAGAUGAAUAGCUAGAGCAACAAUUAAUUGAGAGAGUCCAGACAGCUACAGUAAAUUGAAAAUCACAUGAAUCUGAUAGAGCUCAAACAAAUAGAGUCAGUUAGAGAUCACAGGAAUCUGAUAGAGCUCAGACAACUAGAGACCAUUAUGAAUUAGGAGAGUCCAGAGAGCUAGAGAUUAUUAGUUAUCACUAUGAAUUUAGAGAGUCCAGACGACUAGACUACAAUAUAGUUCUCUGUUGUUUGAGAGAGUCCAAACAGCUAGAGACAACUAGAAAAUUAGAGACGCAGAGAAACUAGUAGUUUUUAAUAAUUUUCAUCAAAUUUGACUCAUGACUAUGAUAUUUCUGACUCAUUUUUUGCAGAUUUUUUUCUGAUUAUGACAAAAAUCAGUAAAACAUGAUGAAAUUCUUGGAAUUUUCAUUUUUGAGUAAUUAAUUAGCGAAUUAAUUAAGAAGUCCCAUAAGAUUUAUUUAUUUGCUCGAUUUUUUGACCAACAAUUUUUCCCGGGCAGAAAAAGGUCCCAAAAACCCCGGCAAAACUAACCGUUUUGCAUUUUUGUGGAGAUUCCUUGUUGAUUUCCAGCAACUUGCUCGAUUUUCAGCCAAAAAUUUGCGAAUUUCCAGAAAAGUGCUAGUUCUUGUUGUUAGAAUACUCUUCCUGAAAAAUGAGGGAUUUUUGGAUUUUUCUUUCAAUUUUUUUAGCUUUAAAGUUGCUUCUGGGUGGCUUACUAAGCUUUUUUUACAUUUUUGGAUUUGUCCAAAUCUGUAACUUUUUUUUAAAAAAAUUUUUGUUAGCUACCCGCUUGACUCUUGUUAGCUACCCGCUUGAUUCGAGUCGAUUCGAACCGAUUCGAACCGAUUCGAGUCGAUUCGAACCGAUUCGAACCGAUUCGAGUCGAUUCGAACCGAUUCGAGUCGAUUCGAUUCCCUUCCCUCCAUUUUUUUUUAAAUUUUUAAUAAAAAUAUGGAAUGAAAAAUUGGGGUUUUCGCCUUCACAGUUACUUCUGGGUGGUUACUAAGCCUAAGCCUUUUUUAACAGUGUUAAAAAUUUUCUUUCAAUUUUUUUAGCUUUAAAGUUGCUUCUGGGUGGCUUACUAAGCUUUUUUUACAUUUUUGGAUUUGUCCAAAUCUGUAACUUUUUUAAAAAAUUUUUGUUAGCUACCCGCUUGACUCUUGUUAGCUACCCGCUUGAUUCGAACCGAUUCGAACCGAUUCGAGUCGAUUCGAGUCGAUUCGAACCGAUUCGAGUCGAUUCGAACCGAUUCGAACCGAUUCGAACCGAUUCGAGUCGAUUCGAACCGAUUCGAACCGAUUCGAACCGAUUCGAGUCGAUUCGAACCGAUUCGAAAAAAAUUUUUGUUAGCUACCCGCUUGAUUCGAUCCGAUUCGAGUCGAUUCGAACCGAUUCGAGUCGAUUCGAACCGAUUCGAACCGAUUCGAGUCGAUUCGAACCGAUUCGAGUCGAUUCGAACCGAUUCGAACCGAUUCGAGUCGAUUCGAACCGAUUCGAAAAAAUUUUUGUUAGCUACCCGCUUGACUCUUGUUAGCUACCCGCUUGAUUCGAGUCGAUUCGAACCGAUUCGAACCGAUUCGAGUCGAUUCGAGUCGAUUCGAGUCGAUUCGAACCGAUUCGAGUCGAUUCGAACCGAUUCGAACCGAUUCGAACCGAUUCGAGUCGAUUCGAACCGAUUCGAGUCGAUUCGAACCGAUUCGAGUCGAUUCGAUUCCCUUCCCUCCAUUUUUUUUAAAUUUUUAAUAAAAAUAUGGAAUGAAAAAUUGGGGUUUUCGCCUUCACAGUUACUUCUGGGUGGUUACUAAGCCUAAGCCUUUUUUAACAGUGUUAAAAAUUUUCUUUCAAUUUUUUUAGCUUUAAAGUUGCUUCUGGGUGGCUUACUAAGCUUUUUUUACAUUUUUGGAUUUGUCCAAAUCUGUAACUUUUUUAAAAAAAUUUUUGUUAGCUACCCGCUUGACUCUUGUUAGCUACCCGCUUGAUUCGAGUCGAUUCGAACCGAUUCGAACCGAUUCGAGUCGAUUCGAGUCGAUUCGAGUCGAUUCGAACCGAUUCGAGUCGAUUCGAACCGAUUCGAACCGAUUCGAACCGAUUCGAGUCGAUUCGAACCGAUUCGAGUCGAUUCGAACCGAUUCGAGUCGAUUCGAUUCCCUUCCCUCCAUUUUUUUUAAAUUUUUAAUAAAAAUAUGGAAUGAAAAAUUGGGGUUUUCGCCUUCACAGUUACUUCUGGGUGGUUACUAAGCCUAAGCCUUUUUUAACAGUGUUAAAAAUUUUCUUUCAAUUUUUUUAGCUUUAAAGUUGCUUCUGGGUGGCUUACUAAGCUUUUUUUACAUUUUUGGAUUUGUCCAAAUCUGUAACUUUUUUUUAAAAAAAUUUUUGUUAGCUACCCGCUUGACUCUUGUUAGCUACCCGCUUGAUUCGAACCGAUUCGAACCGAUUCGAGUCGAUUCGAGUCGAUUCGAACCGAUUCGAGUCGAUUCGAACCGAUUCGAACCGAUUCGAACCGAUUCGAGUCGAUUCGAACCGAUUCGAACCGAUUCGAAAAAAAUUUUUGUUAGCUACCCGCUUGACUCUUGUUAGCUACCCGCUUGAUUCGAUCCGAUUCGAGUCGAUUCGAGUCGAUUCGAACCGAUUCGAGUCGAUUCGAACCGAUUCGAACCGAUUCGAGUCGAUUCGAACCGAUUCGAACCGAUUCGAACCGAUUCGAACCGAUUCGAAAAAAAUUUUUGUUAGCUACCCGCUUGACUCUUGUUAGCUACCCGCUUGAUUCGAUCCGAUUCGAGUCGAUUCGAGUCGAUUCGAACCGAUUCGAGUCGAUUCGAACCGAUUCGAACCGAUUCGAGUCGAUUCGAACCGAUUCGAGUCGAUUCGAUUCCCUUCCCUCCAUUUUUUUAAAUUUUUAAUAAAAAUCUGGAAUGAAAAAUUGGGGUUUUCGCCUUCACAGUUACUUCUGGGUGGUUACUAAGCCUAAGCCUUUUUUAACAGUGUUAAAAAUUUUCUUUCAAUUUUUUUAGCUUUAAAGUUGCUUCUGGGUGGCUUACUAAGCUUUUUUUACAUUUUUGGAUUUGUCCAAAUCUGUAACUUUUUUAAAAAAAUUUUUGUUAGCUACCCGCUUGACUCUUGUUAGCUACCCGCUUGAUUCGAACCGAUUCGAACCGAUUCGAGUCGAUUCGAGUCGAUUCGAACCGAUUCGAGUCGAUUCGAACCGAUUCGAACCGAUUCGAACCGAUUCGAGUCGAUUCGAACCGAUUCGAACCGAUUCGAACCGAUUCGAGUCGAUUCGAACCGAUUCGAAAAAAUUUUUGUUAGCUACCCGCUUGAUUCGAUCCGAUUCGAGUCGAUUCGAACCGAUUCGAGUCGAUUCGAACCGAUUCGAACCGAUUCGAGUCGAUUCGAACCGAUUCGAGUCGAUUCGAACCGAUUCGAACCGAUUCGAGUCGAUUCGAACCGAUUCGAAAAAAUUUUUGUUAGCUACCCGCUUGACUCUUGUUAGCUACCCGCUUGAUUCGAGUCGAUUCGAACCGAUUCGAACCGAUUCGAGUCGAUUCGAGUCGAUUCGAGUCGAUUCGAACCGAUUCGAGUCGAUUCGAACCGAUUCGAACCGAUUCGAACCGAUUCGAGUCGAUUCGAACCGAUUCGAGUCGAUUCGAACCGAUUCGAGUCGAUUCGAUUCCCUUCCCUCCAUUUUUUUAAAUUUUUAA